CCACUCAUCUUUGUCAGCAUGACGGCGUCUCCCGACUACCUGGUCGUCCUGUUUGUGACCACCGCCGGAGCUCAGGGGGCCCGGCUGGGCUCUGAUGAGCGAGAACUGAUCCAGCUGUUAUGGAGCGUGGUCGAGCUGGCCAAUAGAAAGGUGGGAAAUCUUCAUGAACUGUUGAUUGGACCUGAUCACUUGGAGCUGACAGAUGAGUGCAAAGAAGUAACCCAUAUCACGGAGGAUAGCUUGAGGCUUGCCCCACAGUUGGAACAAGCUCUGAGACAGUUCAACCAGUCUGUGAGCAAUGAACUAAAUAUUGGCGUAGGUACUUCAUUCUGUCUCUGCACUGAUGGACAGCUUCAUAUCAGGCAGGUUCUGCAUCCUGAAGCUUCCAAAAAGAAUAUCUUGUUGCCCGAAUGUUUCUACUCUUUUUUUGAUCUGCGAAAAGAAUUCAAGAAGUGUUGUCCUGGCUCACCAGACAUCGACAAAUUGGAUGUUGAAGUCAUGUCAGAAUAUCUGAAUCUUCAGAAGAACAGCUCAAUGCAGCAAUUUGGAGUGUCUCAGGUGGAAGACAUGGGCAACACCAUUUUAACACUAAUUUCGGAACCAUACAAUCACAGGUUUUCAGAUCCAGAACGUGUGAACUACAAAUUUGAAAGCGGAACCUGCAGCAAGAUGGAACUUGUCGAUGAUAACACCAUAAUCCGUGCAAGAGGUCUACCAUGGCAGUCUUCGGACCAGGACAUUGCUAGAUUCUUCAAAGGCCUAAAUAUUGCCAAAGGAGGGGCAGCGCUUUGUCUCAAUGCCCAAGGCAGGAGGAAUGGAGAAGCUCUUGUCAGGUUUGUAAAUGAAGAGCACCGAGAUCUGGCAUUGCAAAGACACAAGCAUCACAUGGGCAACCGGUACAUUGAGGUGUACAAAGCAACAGGUGAGGACUUCCUGAAGAUUGCUGGAGGAACAUCCAAUGAAGUGGCUCAGUUCCUGUCUAAAGAGAACCAAGUGAUUGUCCGUAUGCGGGGUCUACCAUUCAAUGUAACAACAGAAGAAGUCUUAGCAUUUUUUGGUCAACACUGCCCUGUGACAGGAGGAAAAGAAGGAAUCCUUUUUGUGACGUAUCCUGACAACAGGCCCACAGGGGAUGCGUUUGUCCUGUUUGCCUGUGAAGAAUAUGCACAGAACGCAUUGAAAAAACACAAGGACUUAUUGGGUAAAAGGUACAUAGAACUCUUCCGGAGCACAGCAGCUGAGGUACAGCAGGUACUAAACAGGUAUUCGUCUGCUCCUCUCAUUCCUCUCCCAACUCCACCUCUCCUUCCCGUGCUCCCUCAGCCAUUUGUACCUCCCACCAAUGCCAGGGACUGCAUACGACUGCGUGGGCUUCCCUAUGCUGCCACUAUAGAUGAUAUACUGGGAUUCCUGGGGGAGUUUUCUGCUGAUAUCCGAACUCACGGAGUUCACAUGGUAUUAAAUCACCAGGGUCGCCCUUCUGGAGAUGCUUUUAUCCAAAUGAAAUCUUCAGACCGAGCAUUUAUGGCUGCUCAGAAGUGCCAUAAGAAAACGGUGAAGGACAGAUAUGUUGAAGUCUUCCAGUGUUCUGCUGAGGAGAUGAACUUUGUAUUAAUGGGGGGCACUUUAAAUCGAAAUGGCUUAUCCCCACCACCAUGUAAGUUACCAUGCAUUUCUCCACCUUCAUACUCAUUUCCGGCUCCCACAGCAGUAAUCCCAACUGAAGCUGCGCUCUACCAACCUUCUGUGCUCCUCAAUCCACGGACACUUCAGCCUUCCACUGGGUACUACCCAGCUGGCACUCAGCUCUUCAUGAAUUACGCAGCAUAUUACCCUAGUAUGCAGCAGAGAAUGGAUCUGUACACACAGAUGAGUCGGCCAGGUCAGUGCCCAAAGAAUGGCUUUGUCUUUAAAGGUCCAACCAGUUAG